AUGGACCCCAACAACCCUAUUGUUCUCAACUCUUUCAACGAAGACAUAAGUAAUCCUAAGUUGAAACAAAGUCCUGCAAAAAACAUGGAUUCUUCUUCACCUUCUCAAACUGUCACCCCUUGCCAAGUCAACCAGAGUCCUGAAAAAAAACAUCAAACGUUAAAGGAGUUCGAUUUCUUUAAGGAUUACAAUAACAAUGAUCAUAAUAAGAUUGCUGUUUCUCCAUCUGCUUCUACCGCUGCUGCUGUUUCUGUCGUUGACAUUGAUCAAACCAACAUGUCGUCUUUGCUGGAUUUCAAACUCAGCACCGGCACUGAUCUCCGUCUCGGUCUCAAUGUUCUUGCUACCAAUGAUGCUAGUGAACAAGAUGAUGAUGACGUAUCAUCUAAAUCCGAUGACGAAAACACUAAGAAUGAGAUGGCUGUUCUUCGAGGCAAGCUUGCUCGAAUGAAAAAGGAGAAUCAUCGAUUGAGUUUGAUGCUUGAUGAGCUUCAAACCGAUUAUGAUACCCUCCUGAUGAAUUUUGAGAAAAUGAUGCAGGACAAAAAGGCCGAGGAAGUUGGAGAACAGGAAGGGUUUGUUGGAAAAUUUGAAAAGAAAAGGAAAUUUGAGAUUGGUGGAGCAUUGGUUCCAAGAGAUUCUUUGGAGCUUGGAUUGGCUAUUAAUGCUGAGCCCAAGAUGGAUCCUGAACCCUCUUCUUCAAGAACAAUAAGUUCUGAUCCAUUAGGAUCUCCGCCCGAGAACAACAUUGAAGUUGCUUCGAAGGAGUUAGUCCUAAGUAAGAAUGAGAAUGUUAGUGAUGAAGAAAAGAAGGAGAAUGGUAAAGGGAUUGAAAGAGAGGAAAAUCCCAUUGCUCAUGCUGAGAGAAUUCAAAGGCCGAAUCCUCCAAACUAUGCUCGAAACUUUGUUGAUGUUGAUGCUACUUUGAGGAGAGCAAGAGUUUCCGUUAGAACAAGAUCGAGAACAGAUGGAAAUAUGGUUCCUGAUGGAUGCCAGUGGAGGAAGUAUGGCCAGAAAAUGGCGAAAGGAAACCCGAGUCCUCGUUCUUAUUAUAGGUGCACCAUGGCUAGUGGUUGCCCGGUUAGAAAACAGGUACAAAAGAGUGUUGAAGACAAAUCCGUGGUAAUCACAACAUACGAAGGAUAUCAUAGCCAUACUUUACCUCCAGCAGCCAUGGAAAUGGCACAAACAACUGCAGCAGCUGCAAGAAUGCUUCUUUCCGGAUCAACCUCAAGCAACAACGGACCAAUGAAUGCGAGUUUCCUUCGAAGAGGAACCCUUCCUGGUUCUUCAAGUCUCGCAACUAUCUCAUCUUCUGCUCCGUUUCCUACCAUAACGCUCGACUUCACUCAACCUCCAAAUCCGCUACAACUCCGAAUGCUUCAAAAUCAGUUGCAAGUUCCUUUGCCUCCGAUGUUUAAUCAGGUACCUUAUAACCAAUCAACCUUUUCUGGCCUACAAUUGUCGCAACCAAAUGUUGCUGACACAGUUUCUGCUGCCAUGGCUGCUGAUCCGAAUUUCACUGCAGCUUUAGCAGCUGCUUUUACUUCCUUCAUCGGUGCUGCGCAGCCGAACAAUAACGCGACAAAUAACGAUGGCGGCACAGCAAGCAUCAACAAUGGAAAUGUCACAAGUAGCAGCAAUAAUAAUAAAGGGAAGGAAUAAACU